AUGACUCCGCUGGAGACGGCGGCGACCCACAUAACCCCGGGCAGCCUCAGACCGAGUCCCAUAAUAUUCUACAACGAGACGCACGGCGGUAGAGGAAUGACCACCUACCACAAUCACAACAUCCACGGAGGGCCCGGAGGCUCCAUCUCGCACCCGCUCACGGAGGUCCACGGCGCUCAUCCUACCAACCAUUUCCUCGGGAGUCAAAUAGUCGUAGGCGUGAAUGCCUCGGCCAACGGCUCCGGUCGCGUCACCGCCGGCAGCGCCUCCAACGGCGUCGGUAAGAAGCAGGGCAAAAAUCACGGCCGCCGCUUCUCGAACCGCAUCAUCGAGGCGAGCCUGUGCGUGUUCCUCAGCCUGUGCGUCUCCCUUGCGGGCCUCUUCCUGGGCCUGCUCUACCAGCCGCUGCUUCUCAUCGUGUUCGCUUGCGGGCUCGUGGCGCUGGUCGCCUACCUCUGCUACGGAUUCGUCCACUACAAGCGAUCAUGGCGGAGACGCAACUCGGGCCUGGCGUCCUACUGGGCGGGCCACCGCAAGAUCUCGGUGGUGUCUGUCGACCGCAUGCCGACCAUCAACGAGGUGCUGAUUGAGGACAACGUCUCCAUCACCAAGGGUCUCCCCGAGGAGACCUGGAGUGGCAAGACGUUCGUCGUGCGCAACGGAAACGCGUCGCCCGAAAGCUGAAAGCAGACGCUACGUCUGAGCCCGUCGUCCUAAAAGCGUUUGCCUAGAAUCCAUGCUAAUGGGUUCCCACGUGACUUCGCGCCGACCGCCAUGAUGGCGGUUUCUGUGUGGCGCUCUAGCCCAGUCGCCUUGUCGUGGCAACCGAGCGCUUUACCAAAAGCCACGUUUACUAUCGGAGAACUGUACGGCUUCCAUUAACACCUGUUGCGAAGUUGUAUAGAAACAGUGACUCAAAAAUGACACUCCUUAAUGGUACAGCUCAUUGGGUCUUAGCGAUUGUCGCGACGCCUGUCGGGAGGAAAGUGAACUGAGAAGCACAAGCAUGCGGCGUUUACAGUUUAAAAAGCCUGGUCAUUUUUGGCUCGGCGUGUGUCUACUAAUAAGGUCAGAUGCUCUGCUAGAAUUUUUCUUUUUUGUUUUUUCUGGUGUGUGAGUAGCUGAGAUAACAACAGAUAUUUACACUUUCACAAGUUGCCCGGUGGCUUUUCUCGCUUAUGAAAACAAACGAACACAUGUCAUCAUUCAUUAAACAGAUUUAUUAAUUUCUCGGCACACAGUACACGUUAUUCAAAACAACACACAAAGUAUCACGAGCACAGUGUAAGAUACACAACAAUGCUAGCACGACGAGUGUAAAGUUAGUAGGAACCCUUGAUGGUAGAAAAACGGAAUGAACAAA